GAUUGAUUUGCACUUUUCGCACCAAAGUACGUUCAUCUCUAGGAGACAGAACGCGUCUCCUUCCUGAGCGGUAUGCAGGCUGCGUGGUCCCAUGGUGUUUAUACUUUGGUAUUAUUGAUUGUACAGAUGAACUAGGUACCUUCAGGCGUUUUGGAAAUUGCUCCCAAGGAUGAAUCAGACUUGUGGAGGUCUACAAAUGUUUUUCUUAUGUCUUGGCUGAUUUCUUUAGAUUUUCCCAUGAUGUCAAGCAAAGAGGCACUGAGUUUGAAGGUAGGCCUUGAAAUACAUCCACAGGUACACCUCCAAUUGACUCAAUGAUGUCAAUUAGCCUAUCAGAAGCAUCUAAAGCCAUGACAUAAUUUUCUGGAAUUUUCCAAGCUGUUUAAAGGCACAGUCAAUUUAGUGUAUGUAAACUUCAGACCCACUGGAAUUGUGAUACAGUGAAUUAUAAGUGAAAUAAUCUGUCUGUAAACAAUUGUUGGAAAAAUUACUUGUGUCAUGCCAAAACUAUAGUUUGUUACCAAGAAAUUUGUGGAGUGGUUGAAAAACGAGUUUUAAUGUGUAUGUAAACUACUGACUUCAACUGUUGGUAUGAUAAUAUGGUAACCAGACAGGUAUGAUAAUACGAUAAUCAGACAAGUAUGAUAUUAUGACAAUCAGACAGGUCAAUAUGAUAAUCGUACAGGUCUAUAUGACAAUCAGACAGGUCAAUAUAAUAAUCGUACAGGUCUAUAAUGAAUGGAGCAUGCUCAGUCAGCACAUAGGAUCUGUUGAUCUGGACUUGGAUAAGAAGAUAACAGAUUCCCCACCAGACUGAAGUGUUUCCCUCACAUCUUUAAUGAUUGAGUCUGGCCUUUUCAUACUGCUCCCUGUAGAGAUACAUUAUGCUCUAUUUAAUUCUAUCUCACCGCCUCUGAGAUAGAAGCUGAUGAAUUCAGUAUGGCGUGGGCUUAUAUCCCACUGGGCUAAAUGAGAGGUAGGCCUACUCUCCUACACAUGAUAUAAAGUGAAGGAUUCUAUGUUCAUCAUUCUUUCCAGAACCCAAGGAGACCCAAUCAAAAUCCGGCACUCUCAUUCCCCCCGGAGUUUCCAUCAGUACCGACGCUCCCAGUGUUCCGAAGGGGAGAGGUCCGUGCUCUCUGAGGUCAACACCCGGACAGACCUUCUUCCCCCCUUACCUGUGACACGCACAGCAGACAUCCCAGGUUCCAGCUCCACCCCCUCUCAGAAGAAGCAAGGCUCUAAAGACACGCUGCUGUCAGAGAUCAUAGAGCCUGACGUGAGGAGCAACGCCAAGGUGGUGAAGACGGUCCAUACUCCCCGAACCAAGGUCGAGACGUGACCUGACAGAAACGCAACCACCACAGCAGAAACAAUGCCACAAUCUCUCACCAACAGAAAACAUGUCAAGAAAAGCCUGAUUUGUGGAAAGAAAGAAAAAUGAACUUGUGAAAUACAACAACGGUGGCUGUGUAGAGUACACUGGUUGUGCUCUACACCAGUAACCAACCCCACCUUGGAGUACUGCUCUGUGUAUGUACAGUAUGUGUUAGAUAAUGCAUGGAAACCCCUUUAAGAGGACAGAAAGGACACUUUUCAAAGUGUUUGUGCCAGUGUAGUCUGCUGUCUUUUGACCACACCGACACCAGUAAUCCUGUACAGUGUCUUCAUUUUAGAGAGCAUUUAAGCUUUAAGGCGCUUUUGAGUAAGCCUGGUCCCAGAUAUAUUUGUUCUGUAUAACCAACUCCACAACGACCAUAGGCUAUACAGCACAAACAGAUCUGGGCCCACAGUACUCCUGAGUGGGCGAGAUAUACUGUACAAUUGUACUCAAUUGUUGUAAUCCGGAUGAGACCGGAUUGUGUAGCGAUCACUGCACAGUGAGGUCUGAGAUCAAUCAUGUUUUACAAUGCAUUUGCCUCCAAAUUGAUUUGACUUGCGUUAUUAUUAUACAAUAUGCAGUAUUAAAACAUAGUGUUUCACUCAUACAUGUUGAGUUCCCAUGAGGACACAAAGUUUGCAUCUGAAAUGGCACCCUAUUCCCUGCAUCGUGCACUACUUUUAAACAGACCCUUAUGGACCCUGGUCAAAAGUAUUACACUGGGGAUAGAGUGUCAUUUGUGACGCAGACUGGGUUAUUAUGUUACUGUAUUGUCAGGUGUGUUUACUGUAAGAACGUCUGUACCGUAGGAAACUGCUGCUGGACCCCAACAUUGUUUUGCACAUUAAUAAUGAAUAUUUGGGGGGGGGGGGUUAUCAUCAAUUACAAUAAUGAAUAAUGAGUAGCCCACACUGUACAGUAGUUGAACUGGAAAUUCAUCCUUGUCAAUAAAUACAUUCAAUAUGUCUAAAAUGUU